UCAACUCACAAUCGAUACAUUCGGUCGAACUGUGUUCAUCGUUUACACAUUAUAGAGUGUAGUCAGUUUUUGAUAUUUUUUCACUUUCGCGAUUUACAUUAUAAAAUAACGUACAGUAUUUUACCGAAAAGACCUUUUAAAAUGUUUAAAAUGUUAGCGACCGCGAUGUGUUUAACGACUCUGGCAUUAGCCGUCAUCGGGCAAGCGUCGGAUCACGACGACGAGCGCCAAGGCAGAGGAUGGAAUAUGCUAGAAGGAGCCAAACGUUCAUGCGUCGGGAUGAACGGCCGACCAGGAGUUUGUAUGGGCCAAAGCGAGUGCUCGGAAGUUAACGGAAAAUCAGUGGGCAGGUGUUUCCCGUUCGAUUCUUGCUGUUCAAUUACGCCUAAUUCGUGUGGUGGAUUUUCGAGUGCAAGCACGACAUACUUCCAAAACCCAGAGAAAUUCCAAGACGUUUGCUCGUAUAAGAUCAACGUUAGACGAAAUGUAUGCCAGAUAAGAAUCGAUUUCGAGAGGUUUUCACUCGGCCAACCGACCAAAGAGACAUCAGAAUCAGCGUACACAUGUGAACGUGACGAGUUUACAUUAAUUUCGAAUGAUGACACCAAAAUAAACGUACCCGUUUUGUGCGGUGAAAAUUCCGGUCAACACGUGUACGUGCCGGUAAACCAUCAGUCUGACUCGAAAAAUAAUAACAAUAAGCAACAGUUGACGUUAAGAUUCCGGUUGACUACAAGAGAUGAAGACUACACUGACCCAGAACCGUAUUGGAAACUAAAAAUCUCGCAAUUAGAAUGUCAAACGACAUCGACCAACUGGUGGAAGAUUAAAGACAUCGCACGCCAAGUCUGGGAUUGGGAAGAAGAGGAGAGAGACGCCACCAGAUCCAAGUACAGCCUAGCACCGGAAGGUUGUUUACAAUACUUCACUGACAAACAAGGUUCAUUCGAAAGCUUCAACUACAACAAAGGGAUGGGACACUAUUUGGGAAAUUUAAAUUAUGCGACAUGCUUUAGAAGGAACCAAGACACAUGUGGAAUUAAAUACGAGGCGGUGAAAUUCCAAAUAGCAUACAACCAGAAACUGACCGGUUCCACGGACCGGGACUGUGAUACGGCCGGCGAGUCCGAACAGUCGACGGCACAGUCGACGACACAGACGCCGAUGGCGACGGAUAAGACCACACAGGCGUCCGUGGAAACCUCUAAAACGACCACGGGAACCUCUGAAACGACCACCGUCGGAACCAGUACAACGACUGGCAGAACCACUCCAGCGUCGAAUGACGGGUCAAUCGAUGUAACGCCGAGCGGGCGCAGCAGGAAACAGCCAUUCGGACGCGGCGUGCACAACGAUUACCUGCUCAUACCGGACGGCCUUUAUUCGAGCUCGCGAUUUGCGUCAAAAUAUUGUGACAGAUCGCUGGAAAACAUCGAUGACAGCACAGUCAAGACUCAAGGACCCCUAUACGUGGCUUUUGUCAGCGACGAUUACUCGAAUCCUAACGAAGACGUGGAAAAGGGAUACAAGAUCAAUUAUUCAUUGACAAACACUGGGUGUUAAAUAUUAUAAAAUUACAAUUCUAUUUAUUUUAAACACUAACAAAAGUAUUUAAUUAUGCGAUUUUUAUAAUACUAUAAUAUAUAUUUAUUUAUUCGAAAACGAA